AUGAAAGCUAAUGCACCAAAAUCAGCAAAGAACCAAGAAAACAUUAAUGCCAAAUUGGCUUUGACUAUCAAGUCAGGUAAAUACACCUUGGGUUACAAGUCUGUUGUUAAAUCAUUAAGAACAGGUAAGGCUAAAUUAGUUGUCAUUGCUGCUAAUACCCCAGUUUUGAGAAAAUCCGAAUUGGAAUAUUACGCUAUGUUGUCAAAGACUCCAGUUUACUAUUUCCAAGGUGGUAACAAUGAAUUAGGUACCGUUUGUGGUAAAUUAUUCAGAGUUGGUACUUUAUCCAUUUUGGAUGCUGGUGAUUCUGAUAUUCUUACUUCUAUCUAA